AUACUUCCUUCGCCUCUUUGACUAUGUUCGCCUACUAUCUGAGAUGAUGGAGGCUUCCGCCUUCUUCUAAUCAUCCUUCAUCCUCCGCAAGCGACAUGACAUUGUACCAAGGAAGAGAGUUGACCGAUCACAAGCGCUACUCAGCGCUCUGAGACGAUUCGCGCAAGUGGAAACUUUGAUCGUGUGAGCGAUUAUUGCACGGCGGCAUACUGUCUUUACUGUCUAUAAACUUGAGGAAGAGCAUCAGCAAGCGAGAUAGACUGAGUUUUCCACAACUUCAUCACGAUCACGCCGACACAAACGGAGCGGCUUGAGCGACUACAAAGAUGCAUAUCACGAAGAAGCUGGCCCAGGCUCACGCCGAGGGCCGGCCAACAUACUCCUUCGAGUAUUUCCCACCGAAGACUGCGCAGGGUGUACAGAACCUCUACGACCGCAUGGACCGCAUGCAUUCCUUCGGCCCGGCGUUCAUCGACAUCACUUGGGGUGCUGGUGGUCGCAUGUCCCACCUCACGUGCGAAAUGGUGAAAGUGGCCCAGUCCGCUUAUGGCUUGGAGACCUGCAUGCACUUGACUUGCACGGAUAUGGCACAAAGCAAGAUCGAUGGAGCAUUAGAAGACGCUUACAAAGCCGGCUGUACGAACAUCUUGGCGUUGCGAGGCGAUCCCCCGAGAGAAAAGGAGCGAUGGGAGAAGACGGAAGGUACGGCGUUUCGGUACGCGAGAGAUCUUGUGCGGUAUAUUCGGAAGAAGUACGGUGGGCACUUCGAUAUCGGCGUUGCAGGCUACCCGGAGGGCUGCGAUGACGAGACGAAUGCGGACCAGCACAUCCCGUAUUUGAAGGAGAAGAUUGAUGCCGGAGGGACGUUCAUUAUUACUCAGAUGAGCUACGACGCAGAUACCUUCAUCUCUUGGUGCAAGAAGGUUCGUGAAGCUGGCGUACCGGAGAGUGUGCCUAUAAUACCGGGCAUCAUGCCAAUCCAGACAUACGACUCUUUUCUACGACGUGCGAACUGGACCCAAUGCCGAAUACCGCCGGAGUGGAUGGAGAAGUUAGAUCCUGUUAAGAGUGACGACACGCAGGUGCGCGAAGUUGGCAAGAAUCUCGUUGCCGACCUCUGUCGCAAGAUCUUGGACAGUGGCGUGACGAUGCAUCUUCAUUUCUAUACUAUGAACCUGGCAGCUUCAACUCUUAUGGUUCUCGAAGAGCUGUCCAUGACACCAUCCGCGGAUGUGCACCACCCAGACCUGAAGCCACUUCCAUGGAGACAGAGUCUCGGCCGCAAUCGACAAGAUGAGAACGUACGACCCAUCUUCUGGCGAAACAGAAAGCAGUCCUACGUCGCUCGAACGCAAGAAUGGGAUGAAUUUCCCAACGGACGCUGGGGUGACUCUCGCUCACCAGCUUUCGGCGGGCUCGAUGCGUACGGUAUCGGCUUGAAGGGUACAAACGAGCACAAUCGCAAGCUGUGGGGUGAGCCGAAGUCCUUGCAAGACAUCGCGGACCUCUUCGUGAGCUACAUGAGCGGCCGUGUGGAGACACUACCAUGGUCCGAAGCACCCAUCAGCAUGGAAGCCGACGUGCUCAAAGACGAUCUGAUUAAUCUUAACUCGCGCGGACUGCUGACAAUCAACUCUCAACCCGCCGUUGAUGGCGCGAAGAGCACAGAUCCUGCGUACGGAUGGGGUCCACGGAAUGGCUACGUCUAUCAGAAGGCUUACCUUGAAGUCUUGGUUCAUCCGGCAAUAUUGCCAACUCUACUCGAGCGUAUGAACGCCGAUCAAGACAUUACGUACUACGCCGUGAACGCUUCCGGCGAGCUGAAAACCAACACUUCUUCCGACGGCGGUCCGAAUGCCGUGACAUGGGGCGUCUUUCCAGGUAAAGAGAUUGUUCAGCCUACGAUCGUCGAAACGGUGUCCUUCCUGGCGUGGAGAGAUGAAUUCUACCAUCUUGGACAAGAGUGGUCGAAGUGUUACGAUGAGGAGUCCGAGAGCCGCAGACUGAUCAAUGAGAUCACUGAGAGCUGGUUUCUGGUCAAUAUUGUAAACAAUGAUUUCCGGGAGAAGAGAGGCAUCUUUCCACUGUUCGAGGGGCUCAGGGUGGAAGGCGUCAAAGGUGAGGAGAGGAUGGUUAAUGGCAGCGCCCAAGUCAAUGGGUUGAAGCACGAAGGAACCGAUGUUCCAGCUGUCCCUGGGACGGGUACUGGUGCGGCAACAGCAGGGUUGCCGGCCGCUGAUGGGCAUUCGAAGAGCUGAAAAAGUCUACUUUGAGGGUAGGGUGGCGAUGGGAAAAGCAGGCGUGGCGUUUAUGGCAGUGGUCGUGACGGCAUUCUCUUCAACAAUGAGGUGCUCUCAGGUCGUUCUGAUCGGCGUACAGGGCGAAGCAAGGCAGAAAGCGCUUGGUGACUUUGAGAUACCCCCAUUCAACCGGGAAAGAAAGGCGUUGUGUUCCGCACCACGGGACGGUUGUGUUCAUGACUGAAGCGCACUUUCGCU